UUCUCUUAUCUCUAUUAAAUCACGCGUGAAGGUCGAUGACUAUCAAUAUUAUUCUCAUUCGUCAAUAGUUCUCUUAUCCCUCCAUCUGUUUUUCUAUUCGAUAACACCGUAGGAUUGCGUUCAGAAAUAUCACUUUAUUAUCCUUAUUUAAAAUUCGGCGAAUAACAAAUAUAAAAUAUUUGAGACACAUUAAUGCUCGUGAAUGGCAAUUGCAAAAAGAAACCUAGAUAUUGAACUAUGUAGUCAAUAUAUCUCUUAUGAAACCUGUAAUGCGUUCAUAAUAUUUUAGUUCUCUUCCGUGCUAUAACCAGCAGAGUUAGGUCGCCGUAAGCUUCAUGAUUACACCACGAUCGUUAAAGGGAACGUACCCUCACGCACCUCCAAGAACGCAUUCUAGAGUCUGAACCAUUCGAGUGAUUGGUUUCGGAACGCAGAUCAGAGAAGCGCGUGUCUACGUGACGUAGUUAGGUUAAAUUAGGUUAACUCUCGCAACUUCUCGCAACAUGCGUAUAGAGACAUGUUAUUUCUGCUCGUCCCGGAUAUUUCCGGGACAUGGAAUUCAGUUCGUAAGGAAUGAUUGUAAGAUAUUUAAGUUCUGUCGCUCAAAAUGUCACGCUGCAUUCAAAAAGAAGAAGAAUCCCAGGAAAGUCAAAUGGACUAAAGCCUAUAGGAAAACCGUUGGCAAAGAAUUGGUGGUGGAUCCUUCAUUUGAGUUUGAAAAGAGAAGAAAUACACCUGUUAAAUAUAAUAGAGAAUUAUGGAAUAAGACUAUAGAGGCAAUGAAGAAGGUAGAAACUAUCAAGCAGAGGCGACAGAAUUUGCACAUUAUGCAGCGAUUACGCAAGGGCAGGGAGCUCGAACAAGAGAGAGAUAUCAAGGAGGUGCAGCGUGACUUGUCUCUCGUCCGCUCGCCAGCUGCUGGCCUCAAAGAAAGGAAGAAACAGGAAGAGACAGCCGAAGAGCAACAACAGAUGCAUGUAGAUGAAGAUUCUAGCAGUGAACUUGAAGCCGAGGCAGUAGAAGUGAAUUAGAUCAUUGUAUAUACUUUAUAAAGUAUAUACAUUGUACGUGUCUAAUCGUCUUGUUAUUUUUGUAUCUCUCUACGAAUUACAUCCACUGUGUUAAUAAAUUAUGAAUUAUAAUAUGUGUAUAAUAAUUUUAUAUAGACGAAUUAUAAAACAAGUUUUUUUUUUUAAUUUAUCGAUUAAUCUAUCGCUUUAUGCACAAAUAAAGGUUUUACAGAACAAAA